CCGUGCCAGGAUACACAUACACGCGGAGACAGAGUAUGGGCGUGGCUUCAGUGACCCCGUAGACAAGGGCGGACCCGUGAUCCUUUAAAGCAUCCCGGUCCGGCCAGGAUGCUCUGCACAAGCCAGCAGCUUCACUUCGCAGUCAUCCUCCACCCUCCAUCCUCCAGCAGGUCUGUGCAGCUACAGUCGGCAUGUCGAACUCGGACAGGGUUGUGUUAGCGCUCGGAGGAGCGGGAAAGGUGGGCUCCGGGAUCGUUAAAGGACUGCUGGAUAAAGGUUUUAAAGUUGCAGUGAUCUCCAGGGACGGCAGCCGCCUGGAGAAACUCCGAUCGUUUGUCUCUCCCAACACAAAGGAUAACCUCACCACUAUAGUGGGAAAUGUGGGUAAGUCAGGGGAAAUCUGUAACACUGACACCACUUUACCACCCAUGCAGAUUCAGUUCUUCCUCGGUGCCUUUGUGAAGAUUAACACAGGUGUAGCCACUCCUGAUCACAUGGCGCCCGGCUUCCUCAAUCAUCUGGACCUGGGCGAGGCUGUUGCUGCCCUGAUCGAAAGACGAAACACCGCCCACAACGUUUUCACCAUCAACUGCCCUGCAGACUUAAAGAGCGUCCUUCUGGAGAGGAACCUUUAGACUCCACCUUCCUCCAGCCUCACCUGGACAGGAUCGCACUGCUUCUUCUCCUGCAUUCUCCAGAAAUAGUCUCCUUUGAUUUCCUGUCACACAACUCUGAAACCCAUCCAUGCUAGGCGUCGCAUAUUUUCCUGCCUGUUCUCACAUCGUUAGCAAGUUUUCUCUCAGCAUGUGCUUUUUAUGGGAUAUGUAAGAAAACCAACGCCUUCUCCCCAUUAUCUGUUUCUGUGCGUUGUUACAUAGUCUGUUCUGCCAUCAACAGAAGAUGUGACACACGGCUCCUUCUGCUAAAUAUUUUUGGUAUAAGUAGACGUCUUAAGGCCAAAUAAUCAGACAGAGCAGGUAAAUAAUGACUUCACAUUGAUAACGACUGUGGCCAAGUUAGCCAAGAUCCCAACAAAUGGUCCAAAAUGUAAAUAUAUCUACAGACAGAGACUGUACUGAGUGGAAGUUUUGACCACUGCGAGUUUAACAGAAUAAUGUUUUAAUAAGCUAGCUCUACAGCAGCAUGCAGGUGGCUCUUACUACCAACAAAGCCCCAAUGUCCAAACAUAGCUCUUAGGAAAUCGACGCAAACAUGCAAAUAGCACAAGACAAAAAUCACUUCUUUGUCUUCAGCGAGGUCGCCGGGCCUCAAAGAAGCACUAAAUGUAACUGUGUUUCCAUGGCAACACCUCCCGGUCCAGUUAAAAAGCUGAAGAGAACAAACUCUCACACUUCAGCUGUGGAUUACGGAGCCCCGCAGGGGA